AAUGACUUAACUGUUGGCCUAUAAUCUGACUUUUAAAUCAAAGCGUUUACAAUACCCACUAUCAAUGUUUAUAACUUUACUAAAUAUUGAUGCACCACUACAAUUUUUAAAUAAGCCGACUGGCUAACAGAAAUGUAAUACGGUUGCGGGAAGUCGGCACAGCCUUUGUAAGCACAAGAGUACUCGAAAUAUGACAGUGCAAAUCACUGAAGAUCACAAUGCUCCGCCUUCACGCUGGGGAAAAAAACUACCGAUUUAGCAAAGUCCACACUUAUUUGGAAGCUAGGUGUACUCGCUAUACUUCAGAAUAAUGCUCUUCUGACUUCAUUCAACUGGUGGAUACACAUAGUUCGGCAAUAAAUUCAUGUGCAUCUGAUUUUGAUUACAAUGUACAUUUUCUCAGCAUUUCUUGCCACCGUGGUUGUAUUACCACUGGUUAUAAAUGUGUAUUUUCCUUACUUUUGGAUGGACUGCUUGUAUAUGGUAAAAAUUAUAAGAGCUUUGAUCAAGUUUGCUAGGCGCACGAUGGGGAAAAGAUUAUUUUUUGUAUUAGACAAAUUCUACGAGCAAGUGGCAAAGCACCCCGAAAAACCAUUCAUCAUUUUUGAAAAUGAAACGUUUUCAUACCGGGAGACAGACGCAAAAGCCAACAAAGUCGCCCAGGCUUUGAAAAGGCACAGCAGGUUGCAAGCGGGGGACACGGCGGCGCUUUACAUGGGAAACGAGCCGGCGUUUAUUUUCACCUGGCUCGCGCUGGAGAAGCUGGGCUGCUCAGUGGCUCUGCUCAAUCACAACGUCAGGUCAAAGUCUCUCCUGCACUGUUUCGGCUGCUGUGGGGCAAAAGUCCUAAUUGCAGCUGCAGACCUCACAGAUGCUGUGCGGGAAGUGCUCCCCGCCUUGCAGGAGCAGGAUGUCACCGUGUUUGUCAUGGCAAAGGAGCAGAGCACCCAGGGUAUGGUGACCUUGCUGGACAAGGUGGAGGCGGCGUCGGAUGAGCCCAUUCCGCUAUCAGCCAGGUCGAACAUAACAUUAAAAAGCCCAGCUGUUUACAUCUACACAUCUGGAACAACAGGCCUCCCGAAAGCAGCUGUAGUCAAUCAGCAUCGCCUUCUGAUCGCCAUGGCGGUGCUGACGACCAACGGUGUCACUCCGAAGGACGUUGUUUACAUCAAUCUGCCUCUGUAUCACGCUGCUGGCUUUAUCAUAGGCUUCCUUGGAUCCACAGAAAUAGGCACAACAAUAGUAUUACGACGUAAGUUUUCAGCCUCCCAGUUCUGGGAUGAUUGCAGAAAAUACAACGUGACAGUAAUCCAAUACAUCGGAGAGAUAUUGCGCUAUCUCUGCAACACACCAAAGAGAGACAAUGACAGAGACCAUAAAGUGAGAUUAGCCAUUGGAAAUGGCGUCAGAGCCAAUGUGUGGAAGGAGUUCCUCGACAGGUUUGGUAACAUUACGGUCAGAGAAUUCUAUGCCGCCACAGAAGGGAAUAUUGGGUUUGUGAACUACACAGGCAAGAUUGGUGCCGCCGGAAGGAUCAACUUUCUGCACAAAAAACUAUACUCCUAUACACUGAUUAAGUAUGACACAGAGAAAGACGAGCCAGUCAGAGACUCCAGGGGUCUGUGUGUUGAAGUCCCAGUAGGAGAAACUGGACUUUUAGUGUCCAGGAUUACUAGAUUUGCCCCUUUCUCUGGAUAUGCGAGGAAUGCCCAGCAGACAGAGAAAAAGGUGCUUCGCGAUGUCUUUCAAAAGGGAGACGCCUACUUCAACACCGGAGACCUGCUGAGGUCUGACCAUGACAACUUUAUCUACUUCCAGGACCGUGUUGGAGAUACGUAUAGAUGGAAAGGGGAGAAUGUAGCCACAACAGAAGUUUCUGAUGUUCUCACAAUGUUGGACUUCAUUGAAGAAGCAAACGUUUAUGGAGUUGAAGUCAAAGGUCACGAGGGAAGGGUUGGCAUGGCUGCUGUUACACUGAAAAAAGAAGAGCAAUUUGAUGGUGGUACAAUGUUCAACCACGUUGCUUCCUACCUACCAGCUUACGCCAGGCCUCGCUUUAUCAGAAUUCAGAGCUCCUUAGAGCUGACCGGAACAUUCAAGCAGAUGAAACUGAAGCUGGUGCAAGAGGGCUUCGGUCCAGCUGUGGUCCCAGAUCCUUUAUUUAUUCUGAAUGAGAGCCAGAAGACAUACAUACCAAUGACAGAGGAGAUUAAUAAGAUGAUCCUGUCAGGGAGCAUGAAGCUUUGAAGCUGUACAGUAAUAUAAUGUAGCACUGUCUAUGAACGGGUAUUGCGUCCAAAGUGGGACAGAAUAUGAUAGAGGGUUUUAAAUGUAAUUACUUUUUAAAUCAUGUUUACAUCACUAUAAUCCUGACUAGAACUGCAACUCAGGGAUGUAAACUCUUAAAGUAACCUUGGAAAAUCAAACAAGCCCAGUAACCACAACAAUAAUAGGUAUGAAACAGACAACAGAAAAAAAUAUUAGAUAUAUGCCUUAUAUUUCUGGGACCCGGGCUCGAGAUUCUGCCAUGGCUCCAUACGUUGCUAUGUUCUUCUUGUGUCAUCAUGGUGUUUCCUCUGAUUACUCUGGAUUUCCCCCACAGUCCAAAAAUACACUGAGGUUAAUAGGAGUUACCAAAUUGCCCAUAUGUGUGUGUGAGUAAAUGGUGUGUGAGAGUGCCCUGCGAUGGGUUGGUGCCCCAUCCUGGGUU